AUGGUUGCAGGAAGGAAUGAUGAAGCUAUCGCUGAGGCAUUGGCAUUGUUGGCUGGCGCCAUUGGGCAAGGUCAGCAGGUGAAUGCUGGAAACCAGAAUCAGGAUGAAUUUCGUGCUUUGGGAAAGUUUCAGAGGAACAAUCCACCAACCUUUGAAGGAGCAUACAACCCUGACAAAGCACAGGCAUGGCUGAAAGCAAUUGAGAAGAUCUUUCGAGUCAUGAAUUGUACUGAUGCGCAGAAGGUGCAGUUUGGCACCCAUAUGCUUGAGAAAGAAGCUGAAGAUUGGUGGGACAACACUGUUCAGAGGUUUGAAGGUGAUGGGAUGGACAUUACUCAUGAUCUUUUCAAGGGUGCAUUUCUUGAGAAGUACUAUCCAGAAGACGUGCGUGGAAAGAAGGAAAUUGAGUUUCUUGAACUGAAGCAGGGUAAUGGAACUGUGGCGGAGUAUGCUGCAAAGUUUGAGGAAUUGAUUAAGUUUUGUCCCCACUACAAUACUGCUGAAGCUGAGAGAUCUAAGUGUAACAAGUUUGUGAAUGGUUUGAGACCUGAGAUCAAGGAGGCUGUGGGCUAUCAACAAAUUGUCCGAUUCUCUGAUCUGGUUAACAGGAGUAGGAUCUAUGAUGAAGAUAGCAGGGAGAGUGCUGCUCACUACAAGUCUUUGAAAGAGAAGAAAGAAAAGAGGCAAUUCAGAGGAAAACCGUAUGGGAAACUUGCUGAUGUGAGUAAACAGAAAGCUGGUCAUGACAAGAAGCCAAGUGGGGGAGGAGCUCCUAAUCCGGUUAGGUGCUACAAGUGUGGUGUUGAAGGACAUCGUUCUCCAGAGUGUCCCAAUUCUGAGGGGAAAUGUUUCAGGUGUGGCAAGCUAGGUCACAGGUCUUAUGAUUGUAAAGAUGGCCCGAUGGUGACUUGCUACAACUGUGGUGAGCAAGGUCACAUUAGUACCAAGUGUGACAAGCCGAAGAAGGAUCAGGCGAGAGGAAAGGUGUUUGCUUUAUCUGGUGCUGAGACUACUGCUGAGGAUAGACUGAUCCGAGCUAUUGUUAAGGGUUGGAAGCAUCCCACCAAGGCACAAACUGAAGGAACUUCAACUGUUACUGCUGAGAAACCUGAGGAAGAAUGGACUAAGGAAGAAGAUGAAGCUGCUCUUGGGAAUUCUAAAGCACUGAAUGAUAUUUUCAAUGGAGUUGACAAGAAUAUGUUCAGGCUAAUUAACACUUGUACUGUGGUCAAGGAUGCCUGGGAGAUACUGAAGACUGCUCAUGAAGGAACUAUGAAGGUAUGA